GGACGAAGUAGAAACUAGAAAGUGUUGCUUUGAAUCUUUUUGGCACACUUUACCUUCAUUUUAGAAACUAGUGACCCCGUUACAAAGCGAGAAUCAUGGAUACAUACUAAGUGAAUAAUCUUAGUUAUUGUAAGUAUGUUUCUGUAUCCUCAGUGAAAUAAAAGGUUCUAAGAUUCCACCAAAAGCUGUGUUUUUUACGGUUUUUCUGCGACUGCAAGAAUGGGUCCAUGUUAUGAAUACAUUAACGGAGGAUCAAGGUUGGUAAAGACUCAAUCUUUAAAGUUUCCUAUUUCCUCAUCUACUCAUAUCAUUGAACAGUCAGUCACUUGGAGUUUUUCUAUCGGGAAGGAAUAAAAAUUGUUACUUUAUUAUGCCUAAACAUCCUUGUGAUGUAACACAAUUUUUGGUUUCUAAAUUCUUAAGAUUGACUGUUUAAUGAAAGAAAUGGAAGAACAGAGGUUGUUUUCUGGGCAUACCCAUAUGAAAAUGUCAUGGAUUCAGCAUAAAAUGAAUCAGAGAGAUGGUAUCAUGACUUACCCACCUCCUAUUUCUCCUUAUGGUGUAAAUAGUAAUUUCCAUAAAGAGUCAAGCCCAUCUUCAUCUGGUACGCGGAUUAGUCCAGCUGUUUUGUUCAUAAUAGUUAUUUUAGCUGUUUUGUUCUUCAUAUCUGGGGUUCUACACUUGCUUGUUAGAUUUCUUACGAAAAACCAGUCAUCCUCUCAAUCUAAUAGAAAUUUGGAAGUUUCUAGCUCUGAUGCACUUGAAAGACAACUGCAACAGCUCUUCCAUUUACACGAUUCGGGUCUAGAUCAAGCGUUUAUUGAUGCAUUACCAUUGUUUAUGUAUAAGGAGAUAUUUGGUGGUACGAAAGAGCCCUUUGAUUGUGCUGUCUGUUUGUGUGAAUUUGCUGAGAAGGACCAACUGAGAUUGCUUCCAAUGUGUAGCCAUGCUUUUCAUAUAAAUUGUAUCGAUACUUGGCUACUGUCGAAUUCGACUUGUCCUCUCUGUAGGGAUAUGCUUUUCAAUCCCCAGUUCUCAACAGAAAACCCAAUACUCGAUUCCCGGGAUUUUAGGGAAGAAGAUGGAUUUCCCGGUAAUGGAGAGAAUGGAUUUUCAAAUGGGCUGAAAACUGUGCAAAUUCAAGAAGUUGCUGUAGAACAGGGUGUUUUCCCUGUAAGACUUGGUAAAUUCAGAAAAUUGAAUAACAAGGAAGUGCAGGAGGACGUAGGAGAGACUAGUAGUAGUAAACUGGAUGCUCGAAGGUGUUACUCAAUGGGCUCAUAUCAGUAUGUGGUUGGUGAUGCUAAUCUAAGGGUAGCUGCCUUGGGCCAUGAUAGAACUCGUCGGAAUUUGAAGCUUGUUGGGGGCAUGGAACGAGCUAGUAAACUUUCGCCUAAUGGAAGGGAAGAAGACGGGAAGAAGAUAAGUAUUGGGACAAAAACUGAUAGCUAUUCAGUUUCCAAAAUAUGGCUAUGGUCAAAGAAGGGCAAAUUUGCUAGUUCUUCCGAUGCACAAAAUGACAAUCCCUCUUCUCUUAAUCUGGACUUACCAUGGAUGCAUAGGACAGAAGGCCUAUGAAAGGUAUUCCCCCUUUUUUCCAUAAACCUUUUUGAUUAAUUGCUAAUUGGUAAAUUACCGUAUUGGCUUUCUUCUAUUCUGAACAUAUUGGUACACUGAUAGUAAUGGAGGUUUGAAUAUUCUAGCAUUGCAAUUUAAUAAUAUAUUGGUCUUUCCGAUACGAUUCAUCUUGGAGUACAGACUUUUGAUUUUUGAUCUUAGAAUAACUUGAUUCAUAUUGACAUGACUAAAUUAGCUUGUUUAAGACACCCCUUCAUUUGCGGCCACCUAAUUCCUCAGACAAUAUGUCAAAAUCGGAUUAAGAACUUGGAUCUUAUGUUCUAUUUUCAACUUUCAGUUGAAACCAGUCGAAGGGUGUCAGUUUUCUUGUAUGUUAAUCAAAAUUUGAGAUUCGAUUAAUGGUAUCUAAUAUGGGAUUAGAUUUGUC